UAGUCCCAGCCUCUUUAAAAGACCAUACAUGAUUUCACUAUUACACAAGUUAGGCGACUACAAAUCUGAAUAUCCGGGCGCAUUUAUCGGACAAAUAUGACGGAAAGCUCGGCAUAUAAACUGUUAAAUGGAGACGCUUGUCAUCGGACCACAAACGGGAAAAAAUCGAGGAAGGACUUCGUGAAGAACCGGGGUCUCUUUCAACAGCAAAAGUAUCGUCCACCCAGAGAUAAGAACAACCAUGCAGUGCGUAACGCCAGCCUGUACAACAAGCCCUUUGUGGAGUCGUUUGAGGAGACUCCGCUGCUGGUGGCGGUCCUCACCUACGUGGGCUACGGCAUCCUCACCGUGUUCGGCUACCUGAGGGACUUCCUGCGCGGCUGGAGGAUCGAGAGCCACCACGUGGCCCAGGAGAGGGAUGAGCAGAAGGACUUUGUUCCUCUAUACCAGGACUUUGAGAACUUCUACACCAGGAACCUGUACAUGCGCAUCAGGGACAACUGGAACAGGCCCAUAUGCAGCGUUCCUGGGGCCAAGAUGGACCUGAUGGAGAGGGUGUCUCAUGACUACAACUGGACCUUUGAGCACACGGGCAAGGUGGUGAAGGACGUCAUCAACAUGGGCUCUUAUAACUACCUGGGCUUUGCCGAAAACAUCGGCACCUGCGCUGACGCAGCCACAAACGCCACGCUCAAGUACGGGGUGGGCGUGGCCAGCACGCGCCACGAGAUGGGUAACCUGGAUGUUCAUGAGGAGUUGGAGCAGUUGGUUGCCAGGUUUCUGGGUGUGGAGUCGUCCAUGGUGUUCGGCAUGGGUUUCGCCACCAAUUCCAUGAACAUUCCUGCUCUAACUGGAAAGGGCUGUCUGAUCCUGAGUGAUGAGUUGAACCAUGCUUCCCUGGUGCUGGGUGCCAGACUGUCAGGAUCCACCAUCCGCGUCUUCAAGCAUAACAACAUGCAGAGUCUGGAGAAGAUGCUGAGGGAUGCCAUCGUUCACGGCCAGCCCAGAACCCACCGACCCUGGAAGAAGAUUCUCAUCCUGGUGGAGGGCAUCUACAGCAUGGAGGGCUCCAUUGUGCGUCUGCCUGAGGUGAUCGCCCUGAAGAAGCGCUACCAGGCCUACCUGUACCUGGACGAGGCGCACAGCGUGGGGGCGCUGGGGCCCCGCGGGGGCGGCGUGGUCGACUACUUUGGCCUGGACCCCAGGGACGUGGACGUCAUGAUGGGAACCUUCACCAAGAGCUUCGGGGCGGCAGGGGGAUACAUCGGAGGGAAGAAGGAGCUGAUCAGCUUCCUGCGUAGCCACUCCCACAGUGCGGUGUAUGCCAGCUCCACGUCGCCCCCUGUGGCCCAGCAGAUCAUCACCUCCAUGAGGAUCAUCAUGGGCGAGGACGGCUCGUCGCUGGGUGCGGAGCGGCUGAAACAGCUGUCGGAGAACACCACUUACUUCCGCAGGAAGCUGCGAGAGGACGGCUUCAUCAUCUACGGCAACGACGACUCCCCCGUGGUGCCCCUGAUGCUGUACAUGCCUGCCAAGAUCGGGGCGUUUGGCAGGGAGAUGGUGAAGAGGAACAUUGGAACCGUGGUGGUGGGAUUCCCAGCGACGCCAAUCAUCGAGUCGAGGGCGCGCUUCUGCGUGUCGGCCGCACACACCAGAGAGAUGCUGGAUACGGCUCUGGCGGCCAUCUCGGAGGUGGGGGACCUGCUGCAGCUCAAGUACUCCAGAGAAGAGCGACCUCCAGCCUCUCAGAGCUGCUGCUCUUCCCAGAGCCUGUCCUUCCAAUGAACCACCUCGCCACCCUAACCACCUGUACUACCCUCUCUCCCAGCCUUAACCCUGACCCCACCUCCCCCCUACUACCCAGCACCUAGGCUCGCACCCUGACGCCCUCUACUACCUCCACUCCCAGCCUUACCACUUACACCACCACCCAGUACCUCGUACCUUGCCCAAGUUGAAGGUCACCCAUGUCUUAAUUUCUGUCAUUUUAAAGUGUUUGUGUGUAAAGUCUGUUUCUAUCUUAACUUAUACUGUUUGUUUUGGUCCUAAUGUUAAGAAAUAACUGUGUGCACCCUGUGUCUUACUGCACUAUAGUAACUAAGUAGUUACUGGGUUAAAUACACUGUACAUGGACCUUAUUGUACUAUAGUAUAAAUAUGUAUUAUGACAUUUAUUGGUUCAACCAAUUCGAGUAAACUAGACGCGAAGAUAUACGCGAAAAACUUUCACGUUGGUUGAACUCCCAAAACUACUAAAAACAUGGAAUUCAGAUAAGCUUCAUCAAGAAACGGUUUUGAAUUGGCUUUAAAAGGUUGUAUUCUAAUCAAUAUGUUACUUGAAUACUACCAUGUCCGUGUGUUCCGUCUCUUACCAAAGUAUGUGUAUAUAUUCUGUGAUAUUACGGAGAAUCGAGAUUAGAGACAUCUAGAAAGAUAAGAGCAGCAGAAAGCGAACGCGCUCAGAAUAUAUUUUUAUGCUUUUUUUUCUACGAAUGUGACUUUCUAGCCUUAAGUGUUCAUGACUGCACUCAAAAAAACAUGAGCCCAGUGUCCUUAUAAUUUCUUUAAAGUUUAACUGCAGCAUCUAUGUUCCUUUCUCAAGCGCUUAUCGGUAACCAGCGUCGAUGUUACCAAGCUAACAAAAUGACAAGCUAAUACCGAGCGCCCAUGCUGAACGCAUGAAGAGGCUGCAUAUUAUGUGACACCACUCUGAUGUUCAGCUAGUUUUAGUUCUUGUUUAUGCCCUUGUUAUUCAGUAGCUUGCCUGAUGAAAGAUCCUUAUUUUAAAAGCAGCUGCCAAAUGUUGAUCUAGUGUACCAACGUUGUUGGGGAACUCAAUGUGUGCGCAUACUGACAGGCAUAGUAGACUAAUGCUGUUAUGACGUAUUCGUUGACCAAUCAGAAGUCCGUGCUGAUUAACAGUUUUUUUUUUUUGCAACUGUUUGAUUAACUAUGAUCUUAUUGAAUGGCAUUCCAGUUAGUGUUGGUCUGUUUCUGCUUCGUUGAUUUGUUGUGACUGUUUGAUUUUAAAUGUUAACACAUCAAAGUUCAUUUCAAAUUUGAGAACAUGUCAUUGUCAACUGUUUGUGUGCUUAUCGCUUUUCACUUUUGCAAUGGAAAUCGAAAAAAUAGACAUUUGUUGUGCUUCUCAGACUUAAAGCUCGGGUUGAGUUUCAGACGUGAUCAUUCCUUUCAAAUAAUUAAAACUGCAUAUUAACGUUAUUAAUUGUUGAUAGGUAGGCCUAAUGGUUUUACCAUUGCAGCAGUGACAUUUUUUCAGCAUCACCUGAAAUGAAAUAGCAUUGUCAUCAACUGUCGCCAAAGACACUCCAAACUGGUCUUUGUCAGUAUCUUCCUUAAAACCAACUCAGAACUAUGUGAUUGCAGUCAGCAAAAUGACCAUUCGCUUAUAAGGAAUUUUUUUGGCUAAUUAAAUAAGGCUAUUCAAAAACAAAAGUGCAUAAAAAAGUUACAUGGUAGGCUAUUGGUCCGUCUUUUGCAAAGUGAUAUACAAUUAGGCAACUCUAUGUAAUUAUUUGAGACGUGUUAUCAGUUUCUUCUCUUGGCAAGUUUAAUUUCUUUGGGUUGAAAAUAACACACUCUAAGCCUUUUUGUUGCAAAUUUGAUGUCCAUGCAGUUCAAACAAAGAAUAAAAUCGGUAUUUCUUUGUA